UACAUUUGUCUCCGUGUAACUGGGAAUGUAUCAAAGUAGCAAGUAAUGCGCCGUGACAGCACAGAGACGCUGCUGAGUGAAAAUACAAAAUGUACCAGCAAGUAAAUGAAGCUGAAGACUGCAGCCGUAAAACUAGAAGGACAUAAACAACAAACAAAAACAUACAGGGAAACGAGUGGCAUCCAACUGAAUUCAGAAAUCAGGCUUUAGAUGUUAAGCAAACAUAUGUAAGGAUCACAUAAACACACACACCAAUAAAAUAUUUCUUUUCAGCUAAUACAUGGCUACAGCCUAGCAUGGCAUUCUCUUGUGCCGGGGACUACUACACGCUAUGGCACUUAGCACAGUCUUUUCGGACGCACUACCCACGAAAGUCUACCGGAAGAUCGUGGUCAUGUUCUGCGUGUUGCUGAUGUCCCUGUACUUCUUGUAUUAUCUGUCGGAUGUGUGCCACACCAUGCCCAGACCGGUCCGUGGUUCGGAAGGCUACCUGGCCGCGGAUUUUGAUGAGUGGCAGUCCCUCCGCAGGAAGACGCUGCUGCACAAGCUUCAGGUGCGGGGCUACUGGAACGGCGACCUGCCCGAGAAAUAUUUCCGAGACCUGAGGCUACAGUUCCAGUCCUUCAAUCUCAACCGGCAGACCGGCGGCGGCUCCGUGGUGGGGAACCCGCCGCCCAGCACUCUGAGCUUCAGCGGCGACGGCGUGAGGAAGCUGCCGCAGGCGAUCAUCAUCGGCGUGAAGAAGGGAGGCACACGGGCGCUACUCGAAUUCGUCCGGGUCCAUCCUGACGUUCGGGCAGUGGGGGCAGAGCCCCACUUUUUCGACAGACACUACGAUGAGGGACUGCGUUGGUACAGAUCCACUAGAAUUGCCAUCAAUGCAUUGCAAAAACCCUACAAGAAAGAUCUUGAAAUGUGUUUGGCAUCAUCAGGAGGUCAUCUUGCAUAAAGUUAACAAGAUGCAGCUACCACAUACCUCAAAUCGGUCAAUCUUCUUGUUCCUGAUCACUUCCAGAGUGACCACUGCUGGAAAAUGCAUGUGAGAACAGGCUGGACUGAGCUAAGAAAGGUCUCAUGGUUACAAAGCAUUA